UGUUCUCGAAAAAUCAUAACCAGAUUCUGGCACUUAUUCAUAUUUCCUGUUUGUUUUGCAUUUCCGUUGCAGUCGUGGAGAGAGACAGUUUAGCUACUUGCAAAAUCCAACUGCCUCCCACAGCUAGUGUAGUUAGAGGGUGUUCAGAGCUCAAAUGACAUCACACAUAAAAUCCAAAUGGAAGGAAAAUAAUCCAGCAGGGGAGAAAAAUGUCACAAUUUAUAAUUGAACAAGAUUGAACAGCAUACCCUUCCCUCCAUCCCCCACUUUCUUCCAGGACCAUCUACUUACUCUCUGGCUCUGACUUUUGGAGUCAUGUUAAUUUUUAAAUCAAUUGCAAUGGAGAUUGGAAUACUUCAUCACAUGGGGUCCCAAAGUAAGUUUGUUGUGGUUGAAACCAGAAAGCAGGGUAAUUUCUAAAAAGUAUAUUUCCGUCCGUUAUCAGCAAAAUCACACAACUGAGGAGGAAGAGUUACAGUUAAUUUCCAACCUAUCUUUACUGCGUGUGUAGGAGCCAACUGUGCUUUUGAUAGAGUCACGGAGAAGCUUCAAGUUAAAUUACUUAAUGCAGUGGGGCAGACCGUGAAGCAACAGAUCUGAUUAAGUGAACAUGAGUGCUGUACGUGGUUCCAGUCCACCCAGCAAAUACUGGGUUUCUGAUGGACAACUGUAAGCAUUCUCUUCUGUGAACACAAAUACAAAUCAAGCAAAUGAAAUGUUAUUUCUAAAAACACAAUUGAUCAGUCUUCACAUUUUGCUUCACUUCUUUGUAACUACAGGAGAAUGCAGCAACUUGUCGGUCUGGCAAACACCCUCUGUCAUCACAGCACUAAAGGGAGAGACUGUGAAUAUAAAUUGCUCUUUCAGCGCUGGAAAUGUAGGUCAACUAAAAAUUAAAUGGAAAAGGAAUAGCACUGGAGAAGUCCGAUAUCUAUAUGUUUUAAGUUCAAAUGAAACAAACAGUAGUAGUUCUGAGAAUCGACUGACACACGUCAGUGAUGUUGCCAAGAACACAUCGACUUUAAUAAUCCGUGACCUUCAUUUACGUGACUCUGAUCUCUACAUCUGUGAGGUUCUUCUUCAGAUACCUCCUCCUAUUAGAAAAGUACAAGGUAAAGGAACGUACCUGAAAGUGGAAGCUCGUCCAAGAGUCGAGUUAAGAGCAGAGGUUCUGCCUUCGCCAAAUGGUAAUAAACAGCUAGUCUGUGUAUCACAGGAAUUCUAUCCUCCCGAUAUUCAGAUAUCCUGGUUUGAGGAUGGAAAGUUAAUUACCAAUGAGACACAUAAUGGGACUCUCCAACAUAACAUUGAUGGGUCUUUCUCCAUCACCAGUAUCCUGAAGCUUUCAGCAUCUGAUUGGAAUGAAACAAAAAAUUAUUCUUGCCAUGUGAAUCACUCGACACUGUCUGCACCCAUCAUUGAACGGAUUUCUGUGAAUCAUCACGAAACAAAACCUCCAUCACCCAGAGAAAUAACACCGAAAGCUGAACAAGGUGCGAGAGAGCCAGUACAAGAAGCAACCAGUAAUGAAGAGUUUGGCAUAUACACAUUACUCGGUCAAAGACUGCCUUUACCUGUUUAAACAAGCAAUCUCUUUUACGUUACGAAAUGGUCAAAAGUCAUGCUUCAUGUUUGCAAGACUCUGAUAGUAGAGCUGCUGAAGGAUUGCAUCUAUUUCCCUAAAUUGAUGUUUUACAGACUCUUAACUUAUUACUUCACAUACCAAGACUACAUGACCUGCCACAGAAUGCCAGAUACUCUCAGGCUCGACAGCACUAAAUUGCAUGAUCCUCAUAUAUGUAAAAUAAAAGUCAUGUAUUACGACGGUACCGGUGUUGGAAAAAACAAAAUAGUUAUGAAAAUGAGAUACGCAACAGGUAGUUUAUCUCGCUACUCCCAGGGUCCAGUCAGUGCCUUGGGACAUGAAAAACGUUGUACAAAUGUAA